AUGACGUACGCCGUAAGAGCACCCACCAGUGACCCUGGACCGCCCUCCUGCAGCGCCAUCGAAUGCAGACUCCUUGGACACUGUUACGCUCAACAGGAUUACAAGGGCUUUUUCUGUUCCUGUUUCGAGGGAUACUCCGGUCCGGACUGCGGUGUGGGUCCGCUGUGCCCGCGAACCUCCAACAUGUGCAAAAACGGCGGCACUUGCAGGCAGAUGGGGCCCGCCGCGGUCAGCUGCAUAUGCGCGCCCGGUUACACAGGAGAUCUGUGCGAGUCACAAAUAGCAGAACCAGAAUGUGGUAUAGGAGAAUGCUCGGAUGGCUGCAAAGAAGGCGCUACGUGUGAUUGCAACCCAAGGGACACGGACUUUUCCACGGCACGUUUCGAGACAAGACUGCAAAUAAUGGACCAACCCAAUAUCAACAUAUCGCAAGAAAUCAGUAAACAGAUAACGAGCUAUUUAAGAGCGUCUAAUAUCACUAUGGAGGAUGAAAUUGAAAUCUUAAACAUAAGUUCAGUGGAUAUGAACGGCGCGCGCACGGUACUCCUGCGCAUAUGGGGUGCGCGUCGUGAGGCCGGCAUACUACGCGCGGCUCUGGCUCGACUCGCUGCCACGCGUUCUCGCACCGAUCGCUUGCGGCUACUUCCGGCCACGUUACACUUCGAUAUGCAACCAGCGCUCAGCUUACCGGCAUUAGUCGUGAACCAGCGGCCGGGAGUAUGGGUGGGAUCCGAGUUCAUCUUGAGCUGUAUGGCUUAUGGCUCUCCGAACAUCACAUUCAGAUGGUACAAAGACGGAGUGAGGGUAAACUUCGAAGGCACAACAAGAGAUAUAUGGACACGUACAGUAGCAGAAGAUGCUCUUGGACGCCGCAUGUCGGUACUGGGAGUAUCGGAAGCCCAGCGACCAGACAGUGGGAAGUGGUCCUGUUCAGCUGACGAUGUAGGCAGAAGAAGAUGCAGGGCUUUAAGACUAGACAUUUUGAGACCACCUGAUAUACGCCUCGUGCCUUCUACACUGACUGUGAAUAAGGGGGAUAACGUGAGCAUCACGUGCUUAGCUGGUGCGGGAAGAGCCCAUGGCGUGCUGGGGUUUAGUUGGACACGAGAAAAGAAUCUCCUGAAGUUGGCACCAGGUCGAGAAGUUUGGGAAGAUCUGUAUCCCGCAGGAAGUGUUUUGAAACUCUUUACGGUCCAAAAAUCUACUGAAUUUCGUUGUCAAGUUUCAUCAGUGGCUGGAACGAACGCACAAAGCGUAUCAAUGUGGGCUCUGGGUCCAACAGAUGAUUCGUGUGAGCCCAGCGCAUCUCAUGGUCUUCGCUGGCCGAGAACUGCACCAGGAGCUCAUGCUUCUGCGUCUUGCCCACCUGGACAUACCGGGGAAACUACUAGGUUUUGCGAGCCAAAAACUGUUCAGCAUGGAGUCAAAUGGAAAUUACCAGAUUUUUCUGGAUGCAUAGCAGACUCGCUACAGGAUAUUUACGAACAAUUCACACGUAUAUCCUACGGAUAUUCCUGGGCUAACGUAUCGCAUGUUGCUCGUCAGUACGGAUCGGUUCUCCGCUCCCUGCCAAUGCACCCUGGAGAAGGAACACUUCCACUGAAACACUCUCGGAAUAUGCUGCAGUACCUUCUGUCUCCUGUCGGGAAGCCUAAGGACAGAUACGAUAGCGUUGAGCACUUCUUGAAGAUCUAUGACACGUUGCUGAAGCAUCCAGACGCAUUUCUGGAUGAAGAGAAAGUGUACGACCUACAAAACGCGGUAGUAGACACUGCUGGAAUGAGAUCCAACGAGGACGUACGCCUUCAAGAAAUCACCGUGAAGACAAAGCCGGUAUUGGACGAGCACGCGGCCCACUUCGACCUGCCCAGCAUUCUGGAAUGGCCCACCGCUGGACCGCAAUGGACCCUCUCCUCCGUGGGCGUGGAACUGGUGGGCCGGACCGGGAACGCGACUAUUGUCACGGUGCUGUACCACAAUUUGGCAGCGAGACUGCCGUCUCUGAGGAGAUCUAUAGAAUUUAGCCAGUCCCCUUACAGGAACGGGCGGGAGACAGAAUACGUGUUCGCGUCGCAGCAAGUGCAGCUGUCAGCGAGCGGCGCAGGAGUCGACAGAAACUUACAGCACACUGUGACGCUGCUGUUUACGCAUGUCAAGAACUACAGCGCAGUCGCAUCAAAGCUGGCUUGCGGGCUACGCACGGAGGAGGAGCCGCGCGCUUGGAGCACGAAGGCGUGUGAGGUGCGGGUACCAGAAUCAACGCACGUGGCAUGCCGGUGCCGCGGCCUCGGCACCUAUGCGUUGUUCACCAUCGCCAGGUCGACUUUGACAGACGUAGAGAAGGACCUUCGUGGCGUGGUAAAGGUCACGGGCAGCCUGAGCGGUGCCAUGUGCCUCGCGGCCGCUGCCCUGCAACUGCUCAGCUUAGUUCCGGGCAGGAAAGCAAGGUUGCCAGUGCUUCUGAAAGCUGCUACCGCUGGCACUCAUUCUGCCGCCAUGUUAGUUCUUCUCGAGUGCGACACGAGACAGGAGGAAGCUUGCCCCGGAGCUUUGGGGUGGGUGUGCGCCGCCUGCUGGUGCGCGGGUUGCGCGGCGUUGUGCGCCCAACCGCUGCUCUUACAAGCGGAACUAGCGGGCCGGGCGCAGCGGGGACCCUCAGUCGGGAUACUAGCUGGUGUGUGCACACUAUCGUGGCUAACGGCGCGGCUGUGGGGCGGGGCGCCGUUGCAGGUGGGGGCGGCAGCGCAGGCGGUGUGUGCGGCGGGGUGCGCCCUGCUGGCGGCCCUGUGCCUCGCGCUCGCCACCUGCGCUGCUGCCAGGCUCCGGACUAUCACACAUAAAGUGCCCGCUGAGAGAAGGAACUAUCUUAGAGACAGAUGUCGAGUGAUACGUCACACGCUUGUGCUACUGGUAACGACGUCGGGUGCGCAGGCAGCGGGCGUUAUUUAUGCGCAGCCUGGAGAAAGGAAAGUGGCACAAGUCGCCGCUCUAUCAGUAGCUGCCAUAGCUAAUGGCGUAGCAAUGUUGGUGUGCUACGUGGUACGAGAUGAAGAAUGCGUGCGCGCAGCACGACGCGCACUAUCGCUCGCGUCCCGCGACUGGCAGGACACGCCCGCCGGGGACACCUCCUUAAGCCUGUACAUAAAGCAAGGAGGUGAAGUCGAGAGCCGCGGUGGAGUCGGCACGUUGGAGUCCUCGUCAUCACCAGUAUCGCCUUUAGCAUCGUACUGGAGGGCACCUGAGCUUGAAAGCCCUACGAGAAUGCACAGGAGACAAUCAACACCAGACAGCCGAGCAGACAUAGUCCGCUGCGUCGAAUACAAAGACAACACCCUCAGUCCCCAAUACGAGGCUCGACGCGUCACAACCACCCAAGCUGUAUGCGACCUCAUCCCCCGCGCCGCAGAACGAAUCCCCUUAACCCACCCCCCGCUCUCUUGCCCCCCUCCCCUCGCCUGCCCAAUAAACUUCCAGCCCUACCACCCGUCCUUUCACCCACCGAAAGACUGCUCCAUCUGUGUCCAGUCCAACCCAGAUAUCUCCAAAAUCCCCUCCCCACCUAUAAAGAGCUGUCUCAAAAAGACCUCGAAGGACUUCUCCUCCAGCACAUCCUUGCCCGAAGCCAUAGAAACCCCAAAACCUAAGUCCGAUAUAGAACAAGUGAACCGCGAAUGGAACAAAGCAUACGAUUCCCCCGAUGCGGAUAGGAUGUUGCACAAAAUAUCAGAUGAUUUAGCGUUCCUCCUUAACACUUCCAGGGUAAAUAAAAACGUUCUAGACCAAAUAGAGGAGGCGCCGACUUAGAAUUAAUGGAGGAGUGUUUUAGAAGCGUAAGAAAACGAAUAAAAUGGAAACAGGGGUGCGUUAUGCCAACGUUAGAUAAAUUGAAAGUGUAAAUAUGUACAUUUUUAGUAAAUUGUAGUUAAUAAGUAGGUACUUUGUAUGUAGUAGGUUUAAUCGAGUUAAUAUGUUAGAUAAGUGGAAAUAAUUUUUGUUUCCUUUGUGAUAUAAUAAUACGAUUCGCUUUCUGUGGUCUGAGAUCUUUAAUAACACGACAUUAACUACGAGCAGUUUGUUAUUUUGGAAUUAUUAGCGGUUAUACCUACCUGUUAUGCUUUAUGUUUCACCAGUCCAAUUGGCGUUCUUAGUGUGCCAUAACUUUCACGUACAUAAACGAUAAGAAACGAUUUUCCUGAUCAUUUCUAAAUAUUGUAGGGAAAAUACUAAAAUGAAGUUUCCUUACUGCAGUUCAUUGCACAACGGUAUAAUUAUAAAAAAAACAUUUACCACGAAUAUGUAGGUACGAGUAUGACGGAACAUCACAAAACGGCUUUACCAAUUCAACUUCUUUUUUGUAAUUUUAAAAAAAGAUUUUUAUGAAAGAUAUUGUAGGUAAUAUGUAUUGAGGAUGGUAUUUUUGUACUUAAAGAUAUGGAUAACGCAAAUUUUUCUCAUUGUCUUCAUUAUUAAAUUGCCCCUGUCGUAGGGCCGAGCAAAUCGCUUGUUUUAAAGAAAAGAGAAUAGAAACGCUACUUUUUAAGAGUAUUAAAUUAUAAUUUUUGAUUCCAAAUUACUUAAAUUAUGAAUCUUUUUUUACGUAUCUUUAAGUAUAUUAUACUUAUCUAUAGUUGAGUAGAAGAAUUACAAAAUACUAAUUUUUCUUUUGUUACUUAACUAUGUCAGUCUUUAGUAUUCUGCUUUAGAAGACGAUCAAAACUUUUUAACAUUUUUAUUACAUAAAUAAGUAGGUAUACAGUUGUUUAAAAAUUGGCUUUAGUUAGAUACCUAAGUUAUUCAUUGCCAGUUUUUUUUUUAAACACUAGUCAAGUUUAAUUCCCAGCGGUAUAAUUUAUUGUGUGUAUUUAGUUGUUAUAGGCAAACUGUGUAUUUUGUUUAAUUAGAGGACUAGUCUAAGUAUAUAUGCAUUGCCAGCUCAUUUAUCACGUAGCACAAGAAUGGGCAAACUACGGAUCGCGGGUAGCGUUGCCAGGCGUCUGGAUAAAGCCGGACAUAGUUAGGCUUUUUGAUUGAGUGUGAGUGAGACUGUCGUUAGCUUUUGUAUAUAUUUUUUGUAGUUCUAUUACUGAGCCACAAAAUCCUAAAUAAUGAAGGGUGUCCGGACUUUUUACCCAAAUGCCCGGCCAAAUUGGCUGGUCGGCUAUUAGGUUUUGUGACCUAGCAACCCUAACCGCGGGCCAUUUCCGACCCUCGAAGGGAUCAAUACUGGCUUGCGACCAUCAAAAAAAAACAAAGGAAAAUCCACCAUCCAUUAAUUACUCCUCCGACCAAAACAACCAUUUUGACACAUGUUCCGACAAGGACCACCCGCUGUCUAAUCUAGUACUUACUUAGCAGCAAAUUUAAAAUGUUAUUUUGAUUCCUAAAAUAUUUAUUAUAUGUAUGUAGGUGACUUCGUCUGCGUGAAAAAAAUUGGCUUCCCAUGCAAAUUUUCGACACCCUUGUAUCCCCAUUAAUAGGGGUGAUUUAAUAUGAUAAAUAUCUACUGUCCUUUCCGAGUCAAAAUUUUAAAAUACUUGGCCCGCUAUAUAUUUUGAUAGUAAAUAUUGGCACGCAAAAGAUAAAGAUUACCCAUCUCUGGUCGUAGCAUAAACAAAUUAAAUAAAUAAAAAACUUUUUUUAAGACAAGUAUUUAUUGCCUGUUAAUUAAAAGAACUAAAAAGUUAAUAUGAAUUUAAGUCUGACAAAAAUAUACCAUUUUAUAGGUACAUUAUAUCCCAUUUUUUAAAUAAAAAUGUGUUACACCCUUUUCAUUUCUCUUGGCGACAUGACGACACGGCCGACAAAUACGCUUUUAUUAAAAAAAAAACCGGUUAAUAAAUGAUAGUGUCUCCUUUUAUUUUAUAUAAUCAAAUAGUGUCACUAAAAUGGCAUUAGCAGCUGCCUAACCCUUCAAAAUACUAAAAAAAACAUUUUAUUUAAUGCAAAUUUUAGAUACUUACCUAACUAUGUGAUAUUAUUUUAGUGAAAGAAUAAUUUAAGUUGAAUCCAUUUUUUACCAAUGUAUAUUAUUGUUUAUUUGCAAUAUUUUACCUAAGAACCUGUUUGUAUCUUAUUUUAAAGUAGUUGAAUUUUUUUCAAAAGGUUUUAUACAAUAAAAAAUCUUUCAACUGGUUAUUAAACGGGUUUGUAAAAAACUACAUUACUUAGUAUCUCAGUCUUGUGACCAUAGCAGACCCUGAAACCAAUUAUAAACGUCAAACCAAGCGGUACUCUGACCAAAACAAGAUUUGUAAUAAAUAUUCCUAUCGUUUAUUAACCUGUUGAAAAGUGUCAUAAAAGAUUUAUUUAAAAUUAAUUAUAAACCUUAACUCCUACCUUGUGUACGUACAAAAUUGUUUAUGUAAGAAACAAGUCUUCUUUCUUCUUUGAAAAAAAUAAAUUUAAUAAUUAUGUUUUUUUGUUUGGAACAAUAAAAACAUAGCUACAUAUUCUGCCAUUCUCGAUAUUUUGUAAUCUUAUGGUCGUAUUAUUUUUAUUUACUAUUGUUCUGUCUUUACUGUCCAGUAUCAAUGACAUUGCACUAAAUAAUUCUAACUAUGAGUACCUAUAAAUUCGAAUCAGUUAAUUCAAAUCUUGCUUAUCUAUUUAUUAAAUUAAUAAUAUAAACAAGUAAAUAUAUCAGUGUCGAAAUGGUCGAAAAAUAUGAACUUUCAUGCUGUAAAUUUUGAGCUUGUAAUAUUAAAUAUUUUAACAUAUUUAAAACAAAUAAUUUAAAUUUCAUUAUUAUUAAUUCCACCAUGAAUGCAUCCAAUGUAAAGAUUGGCAAAAGUAACAAUAGAAACAUUUUAUUAACGUCCAACUGACGCGCAUCUGCGUCGCAGUAUUUUUCGAGUAAAGUUCUACUUAGUUGUGGUUUAAGAAUUAAUGAUGUUUGAAAUUGUUAGUAAUAAGUACUCAGGAAUUCAGAUUCGGAAUUUCGUGAGCCUAGCGCAGACGUUUCGU